AUGGCGCGUCCUCGAGCUUUGUCAGGGGCAGAUGCCCCCAAGGAACCUCACGCAGUCUCCCUGAAAGUCUUACGUCUCUCCCGACCUUCUUUGUCUUAUCAAUCCCCUCUCCCUACUGCGAAUACCAAGAUCUCCCCCAAAGCGUCACUCAGCCACCCCUCCGCCGGUUUCGAUGACCGAUUUAUCAUAACACCUAUCCUUACCCUUCCCCCGGCAUUCGGCUCUGUCUACGUUGGAGAAACAUUCGCUUGUACCCUGAGCGCGAAUAACGAAAUUAACGACGAUGAGCCCGGGCGGAUCGUGACAUCAGUACGCAUUGUGGCGGAAAUGCAAACGCCUUCCUCCGUGACAUCUUUAGAGCUCGAGCCAUCGGGCGAUUCGGCACAAUCAGAUGGGCUGCAACUCGGCGAGUCAUUACAAAAGAUCGUUCGUUACGAUCUCAAGGAAGAAGGAAACCAUAUUCUUGCUGUUAGUGUGAGCUACUCGGAGAAUAAAAUCGGGCAGGAUUCACAGGCCGCCAGUGGUCGAGUCCGCACUUUCCGCAAGUUAUAUCAGUUCGUCGCGCAGCCUUGUCUUAGUGUUCGGACGAAAGCAUCGGAGCUGCCGCCCUUGGAAGUAGGAAAUAAGUCCCUUGGUCCGUACGGGAAAACCCGACUAGUCCGGUUUGCCUUGGAGGCGCAACUGGAAAAUGUGGGGGAUGGACCGGUUGUGGUUAAGCAAACCCGAUUAAAUCCCAAACCACCCUUUAAAUCCCAGUCGCUGAACUGGGAUGCGUUGGAUGAGGCAUCCGUUCCUCCGACAUUAAACCCGCGCGAUGUAUUGCAGAUCGCUUUCUUGGUAGAACAGGAAGAUGGCAAUCAUGAGGGCCUGGAAGCUCUCCAGAAAGAUUUACGGCGGGAAGGCCGCGCCACCCUGGGCCAGUUGUCGAUUGAAUGGCGCGGCGCCAUGGGGGACAAGGGGUUCCUGACUACCGGCAACCUAAUGAGUCGGAAACGUACAUGA